GGCGCCGUGACGUCUCUCUGACACUUCUUCUUCCGGUCGCUCACUUCCGCCGCUCUCUUCUACUCUCCGGAUCCAUCAUGGGACGAGUUCGGACCAAGACGGUAAAGAAAGCCGCACGGGUGAUCAUUGAGAAGUACUACACCCGCCUGGGCAAUGACUUCCACACCAACAAGCGUGUGUGCGAGGAGAUCGCCAUCAUUCCCAGCAAGAAGCUUCGCAACAAGAUCGCCGGGUAUGUGACCCAUCUGAUGAAGCGCAUCCAGAGAGGUCCGGUCAGGGGCAUCUCCAUCAAACUGCAGGAGGAGGAGAGAGAACGCAGAGAUAACUACGUCCCUGAGGUUUCGGCUCUGGACCAGGAGAUCAUCGAGGUGGACACGGACACCAAGGAGAUGCUGAAGCUUCUGGAUUUUGGCAACCUGUCCAACCUUCAGGUGACUCAACCUCCUGUCGGCAUGAACUUCAAGACCCCACGUGGAGUCUAACCAUUUGUAAUAUAUCUCUUAAUAAAACUGGGGGGAAAAUGAAAA